CCGCAUUGUGUGGUUUGACGUCAUGUUCUUCCUCAAGCAACUCAAGCGGGAGCUGCUCCUGCAUCCGAUGCACUUCGGCCCAAAGCUUCAUGACAUCAUCCGACUUCGGUUGAUCGAAGAGGUGGAAGGGACGUCGCUUGGGAAGUUUGGGUAUGUCAUCGCGGUCACGGAGGUGCGCGACGAGGACAUUGGCCAAGGCGUGAUCCAAGACAACUCGGGGUACGUGUGCUUCAACAUUGCGUACCGUGCAAUCCUGUUCCGUCCGUUCAAGAACGAAGUGCUGGAUGCGGUCGUGACGGUCGUCAAUCAGCUCGGCUUCUUCGCCGAAGUCGGGCCGCUGCAGGUGUUUGUGAGUCGGCACGCCAUGUCCACCGACCUGAACGAGGGAUAUGACCACGAACAAAGCGCGUGGAUCAGCCAGGACCGCGAAGUGGAGAUCCGCAAGGGUGUCGGCGUCCGCUUGAAGAUCAUGGGGGUGUCCAUCGACGUCACUGAGAUUCAAGCGAUCGGGACGAUCAAAGACAAUUAUUUAGGUGUAAUUUCGUCGGAAUACUAGCAAUAUACGUCACUUCAUCGCGACCAUGGCCAUCCCUUGCCCACACGACCCUUGAUGUCUUCUUGGGAUUCGUUCACAUCGUCCGCCGCCGCCGAUGAAUCCGUCCACGUGCCUGUAAGUGACACCGACGGCUUUGGAGGAGCAGGAGAGGAAGGCCGACUCGACUUCAUAGGAGUCGAACUCACAGAGUUGACGAGUUCGCGCACAUGCUGCAUCUGCGAAUGUCCGUACGCGAGGUGCCGCUUCACCUCGGUGGGGUUGGUUUCAUGCCGCGUCGCGUCGAACUUGGCGCGGAUGGUAUGUUGAACUUCCAGGCGGGUAUCCCUGGCAAGCGGACGGAUCUCACGAAGGAAGAGACGGUAUUGCUUUAGGACCUGGCUACGGUUGACGAAGUAUGCGAAGGACAGCGCUGCGCCACCGCCCACGCGGGAGGUUGGGGUCACCAUGAAGGUGAACGAACUUCACUUGUCG